CUGUAGACGUGUCGGUAACAAGAUGGCACCUCCGGCUCCCGGUCCUGGCCCGGCCCCCGGCGGCCCCGGGGAGGUGGACGAGCUGUUUGACGUGAAGAACGCCUUCUACAUCGGCAGCUACCAACAGUGCAUCAACGAGGCGCAGCGCGUCAAGCUUUCUAGUCCAGAAAAAGAAAUUGAAAGAGAUGUCUUCUUGUACAGAGCUUAUCUUGCACAGAGAAAGUAUGGCGUGGUACUGGAUGAGAUCAAAACCAACUCCUCUCCAGAGCUCCAGGCCGUCCGAAUGUUUGCAGAGUAUCUUUCCAGUGAAAGCCAGAGAGAUGCGAUUGUGGCAGACUUGGACCGAAAGAUGGCAAAGAAUGUCGAUGUGACCAACACGACCUUCUUGUUAAUGGCUGCUUCCAUCUACUUCCAUGACAAGAACCCCGAUGCUGCUCUGCGCACAUUGCACCAAGGGGAGAGCUUGGAGUGCAUGGCCAUGAUUGUGCAGAUACUCCUGAAGUUGGACAGAUUGGACCUAGCUCGCAAAGAGCUAAAAAAGAUGCAGGAGCAGGAUGAGGACGCCACUCUGACGCAGCUGGCCACUGCCUGGGUCAAUCUGGCCAUGGGUGGUGAGAAGCUUCAGGAUGCCUAUUACAUCUUCCAAGAGAUGGCAGAUAAGUGCUCCUCUACCCUGCUCCUGCUCAAUGGCCAAGCCGCCUGCUAUAUGGCCCAGGGCAAAUGGGAGGAUGCCGAAGGAGUUCUCCAAGAGGCACUCGACAAGGACAGCAGCCACCCAGAGACCCUCAUUAACUUCAUUGUCUUAUCCCAACACCUGGGGAAGCCUAUUGAGGUCACCAACAGAUACUUGUCACAACUGAAAGAUGCCCACCGGUCCCAUCCAUUCAUCAAAGAGUACCAGAGCAAGGAGAAUGACUUUGACCGGCUGGCUCUGCAGUACACUCCAAGUGCGUGAGAAGGGCUCAGGGCUUUGUGGAAGCCCUGGACACCUCCCCCAGAAAUGAAGAAAAACCCUCACUGGCUGGUUGGCCCCACCUCCCAAAACAAAGGACCAGGAUUUUUGGAGUCCCCGGCCUCUCCUUGGAGGCUUUUUGGCCUCAGCUCCUCCUAAGCUAUGCUAGACCCAGGAGCCAGAGCUGGAGGAGGCCCCCCUGCAACACCUUUUUCAAUAAAGGCUCUUCUGCAGUCAA